UGUUACCAUGUUGCUAAGCUAUAUAGAGUAUCUUAACAACCAGGGAGCCACAUAGGGCUCCUUGGAGCAAGAGAGGGACAAACCGGAGGGAGACACUUACAUUCAUUUGGAAACCUUAGACAUUAGGCUGUCUCUGCCAAUUAAGGAUUCCCAGCUCAAGUACAAAGAUUUCAGGAAAUCAAUGACAACUCAAGAUAGACCCAUUACAAGGCUUGAAGGGUAUCACAAGCCUUGAGUUCCUGUCAGCCAGAUCACCUUCCUUUAAAAUUGACCUCAGGGUCUGAGCACCUCUGGAAGUGAGGUUAACAAGGUACACUCCAAGACCUUCUGUGGCAACAGCGGAGAGGAGGAAACCAACACUCCGCGAACAUGAGCCUCAAAUCCCCGAUGUCUGCUCCUCAGUCUGAGAGCAAAGGCAGCCAUAUUUCAGCUAGAAAUGGAAGCUGUUUUCUAGUCAGGCACACUCCUCAUCCCAGAAGGGUCUGCCACAUCAAAGGUUUGAAUAACAUUCCGAUCUGUAAUGUGAAUGAUGAUGAGAACUCAUUCAGAACACUGUGGGGUGUUGGCCAGUCCCACCACUCACAGAAAGAUGAGAUACCAUAUGCCAGAUGGAGCUACCCACCCAGUGCUGUGGCCACGGACAGCCCUGUCAGAGGAGUCUCGCCAACCCUUAACGGGGUCAAAGUUCCCCCACGGCCUCAUUCUGAGCCCUGUCGAAAAGUCAAGGAGUGCUUCAAAACUUCCAGUGAUAAUCCCUUAGUAAUUAAAAAGGAUGAAACGAAGGUAAAAAAUCCACCAUCGAUUCCAAAGGCAUGCUCUACUGCUAGUUCUUCUUCUUCAGAAGUGACGAGUACCAAGACUGCCAUCAAAGAGAACACCAUCUGCAUACCAAACUAUCUGGAUCAGGAAAUCAAAAUUUCUUCCUGGGACACAUUCCUAAAUCACAGCACAGAGAAGUGGAGGCCAAAAAGGGAGUAAGAGCUUCACUAGGUAGAGAAAAGAGAGUUUAGAGUUUGGGGAUGCUGAAGUGGCUGGAAUUUGCAAAUUAAGAUACUGAAGAAGUACUUAUGCAGAGAAUGAGCUUCAGAAAUCUGUACCAGAUUGCUUGAGUCUUUAGCUCAAUACAGACUGCACCUGCAUAGGAUGGGAGCUUGAGACCUGGCAGAAGAGAGCUAAUGGAAGGGAGCAUGCUGCUUAAAGUUACUGGAGUUGUGAUCUGCUAGAGUGGAGAGCGGAGAAGGCACUGGCGACCCACUCCAGUACUCUCGCCUGGAAAAUCCCAUGGAUGGAGGAGC